GAAACUAGCAGGAUGCACUCUUUUCAUCACGGGUGCAAGCCGGGGCAUUGGCAAAGCCAUUGCUUUGAAAGCUGCCAAGGAUGGUGCAAACAUUGUGAUAGCUGCCAAGACAGCAGAGCCCCAUCCUACUCUUCCAGGGACUAUCUACACUGCUGCAGAAGAAAUUGAAGCAGCUGGAGGAAAGGCUUUGCCAUGCAUCGUUAAUGUGAGAGAUGAACAGCAAAUUAUUAAUGCUGUGGAGAAAGCUGUGAGGACUUUUGGAGGAAUUGAUAUUUUGGUGAACAAUGCAAGCGCCAUUUCUUUGACUGGCACUUUGGAAACAGAAACCAAGAAGGUCAAUCUUAUGAUGGAUGUCAAUGUACGAGGAACCUACUUUACGUCUAAAACAUGCCUUCCCCACUUGAGGAAGAGUAGGAACCCCCAUAUCCUGAAUCUCAGCCCACCUAUGAAUCUGAAUCCUAUGUGGUUCAAAAAUCAUUGUGCAUAUACUAUUUCUAAAUAUGGGAUGUCCAUGUGUGUCUUGGGAAUGGCAGAAGAAUUUAGAGGAGAAGUUGCUGUCAAUGCUUUAUGGCCUAAAACAGCCAUACACACAGCUGCUAUGGAUAUGCUGGGAGGAUCCGGAAUAGAAAAGCAGUGCAGGAAAACGGACAUCCUUGCCGAUGCUGCAUAUUGUAUUUUAACAAAACCAAAAACUUUCACUGGAAACUUCAUUAUUGAUGAAGUUCUGCUGCGAGAAGAAGGAGUUAAGGAUUUUGAUGUCUAUGCAAUUGCACCAGGUCACCCUCUGAUACCAGACUUCUUCUUGGAUACUGAAACUGACAUGAGAAGCAUGAAACAAGACAGAUAUGGUAGGGGAAAAAAAGUGUGCAAAAGUGCCCAGCAUGAAGGAGCAGAUGGAGUGAAGGUUAACACAGAAUCUGCUUCAGCCAAGCAGUCCAGUCCUGUUGCUGAAACAUUCAGAGUUAUUCAGGGGGCAAUAAGUGAAGAGUUUGUGAGAACUACUCAGGGUGUCUUUCAGUUUGAGCUAUCUGGUGAUGGAGGUGGUACUUGGUAUAUCGACCUGAAAACCAAGAGUGGGAGUGCUGGUUUUGGAAAGCCUCCUGUGCCAGCUGACGUGGUCAUGAGCCUGUCGAGUGCCAACUUUGUGAAGAUGUUCACAGGUAAGCUAAAGCCAACCCUGGCCUUCAUGUCAGGAAAAUUAAAGAUCAAAGGUAACAUGGCACUGGCAAUAAAGCUCGAGAAGAUGCUGACACAGCUUAACUCUAAACUGUGA